CCCUUGUGAACCUUGAGGACCUUGGUGAACCCGCCUCCCUCUUGAAGCGGCGAGUCAUCCCUCGAGCGACGGUACCAACUGUCAGACAGCAUACUGUGUAAUCCUUCUUAUUAUUCUUUCAACCGACUGCGGUGAAUGAUUUAGCGGUUUUGAUAUACAAUUCAUAUACAUUAGCGUCGAGGACCAGACGAGAUGGGGUUGAAGACGGUUACCAUCGGUAGCGUUCUCGCCGCGCUCGUUCGGACGGCAGCGGCAUCGCAGCCAGGUGCAGCAGAGCCGGUUCCUGCGCCGAUGCGCGAUCUGACCUGGGCCAAACUCAACUUCUUGCAUACCACAGACACGCACGGCUGGCACGGUGGUCAUCUGCAGGAACCGCAAUAUUCCGCCGACUGGGGGGAUUAUGUCUCGUUCGCCCAGCACAUGCGAAAGAGAGCGGACGAUGAUGGAGUGGAUCUGCUGUUGGUCGACACCGGCGACCGCGUCGAGGGCAACGGGUUGUACGAUGCGUCCGACCCCAAGGGCAAAUACUACUACGACAUUUAUCGGGAGCAAGAUGUCGACAUAAUCUGCACCGGCAACCAUGAGCUGUACAUCGCGUCGACUGCCGACGGCGAGCACACCCACACCGUGCCCAAUUUCAAGCAGAACUAUAUCGCCUCCAAUCUCGAUUACAUAGACCCAAAGUCCGGCGAGAGGAUGCCAAUGGCACAGCGAUACCGCAAGUUCCAGACCAAGAACCAGAAACUGGACGUCGUCGCUUUUGGCUUCCUUUUCGAUUUCACCGGCAAUGCCAACAACACAGUUGUCCAGCCAGUUCGGGAAACCGUCAGGGAAAAGUGGUUCCAGGACGCCAUCCAAGAAGAGACCGAUGUCUUCGUAGUGAUCGGCCACGUCGGAGUGCAGAUGCCCGAGUUCAAAACCAUUUUCAGGGCGAUCCGCAAGCAAAACCCGCUUACCCCGAUUCUCUUCUUCGGUGGCCAUGUCCAUGUCCGCGAUGCCGCCGCCUACGACGAGCGCUCAUUCGCCAUGGCGAGCGGGAGAUACUUCGAGACGAUCGGGUGGAUGUCGGUCGACGGCGACCUGAAGCGAUCAGCGCUCUCUGAAGAGACCGGCUUCUCCUUCCAUCGCAGAUACAUCGACAACAACCUCCUUGGUCUGCAGUACCACACGGGCCUCGAUGCCACCACCUUCCCCACCGAGCACGGCCGCAACGUGUCGGCCAUGAUCACCAAGGCCCGGGGUGAGCUCGACCUCGAUUACGCCUUCGGCUGCGCCCCGAAGGCCCUGUGGCUGUCUCGGGCGCCUUACCCGGGAGACGACAGCAUCUUCAGCUGGCUCGAGAAGGAGGUCCUCCCGGAUGUGACGGUCAAUCCUGACCGGGCAAACGUGCCGCGCCUGGCCAUCCUUAACACGGGUGCUAUCCGGUUCGACAUCUUCAAGGGGGCUUUCACACGCGAUACCACUUUCAUCAUCUCGCCGUUUCUCAGCGUCAUGACGUAUAUUCCGGACGUCCCUUACCACAUGGCCCGGGAGGUCAUCACGCUGCUGAACAACGCCGGCAGGAUUAUGGAGUCGGCCGCAAUGGACAACCGGUUCAUGGCGACCCCGGAACAACUUGUGAUCCACGAGUCCAUCGUUCACGAGGAACCCGCAUCCGAUGUCAAUGUGGAUGCUUCCCAGCAAAAGCCGCUCGGCGAAAGCUCCGAGAGGAGACCUCGUCUGACCGAGGGAUACACCACCAGGGACGCCAUUAGCGACGAUGGCGACGACACCGUUCAUAAGCCUGUCAACUUCUACGUUGUGCCCAACUGCGUCCAGGCCGAGAUUGCUUUCCCUGCCGAGGGCGAACCCGAGACCGUUGACCUCGUAUUCUUGGAUUUCAUCACACCGUGGGUUCUGAUGGCUUUAAGCCUCAACGGCGGCAAGUACAGCGAGGCAGACGUGCAGCUCUACAUGGAGGGGACAUUUACCGACAUGAUGGCUGGCUGGAUUGAGAAGAACUGGCCGAAGCAUUGUUAGAUAUGGUCGUUGUGUCUGUUGCUUGAGCGUCCUGCGGAGCAUUUUCUUGGUGUAUUUUAGCGUUGAUCUCUGUGACACAUUUGGAGCAGGCUUGUAUUUUGGACAUUGGCAAAUCGGAGAGCUAGCGUGUUAAUGGAUAAGACGGUUUU